GUGGCGGCAGUCGAUGGCGGGUCGGGUGUCGGCACUGGCCGGGGCACGGAGCGGGCCGCCCGGCGGCUAUGGAGGGCGGCCCGCGCGGCCGGCGCGCCGCCAGCACCGCUCUGCUGGCGGCCCUCGUCACCACACUGCUGGCAGGAACACCGUCAGCCUCCGCCGAGCCCAGCCAGGAAUACUCUGUAUCCGAGUUGUGCAAGCACCGGUUUCGGCAGACGCUGAACCAUGUCAUUGACGGAGCGACACUCCACUCGAAGAACGAGCGCAAUCUCGACUGCAAGCUGACAUUUCAGACUGAGACGGUUCUACAGAGGUUUAUGGUGCGGUUCGACUACCUGCAGUUGGACUGUAACGACCACCUCUACAUCCACGACGGAGCGCACGCCAUCGAUGGAAAGUAUAAGGCGGACCUGUCGUGUCGAAACACGAAGGAGUCUGUGGGCACGCUGUACACUCGGAGUAACCAUCUGACGCUCGAGUACAAAACGGACGCCUGGGGCACCAGCAAAAAUGGGUUCCGAAUGGUCAUCACGGCGUUCAAACACGUCACAAAGGAUAUGGUCGCGUGCGACCAGUUUCUGUGCGACGACCACUGUAUCUCCAGUGACCUGCUGUGUGACGGGGUGGUCCACUGUCUGCACGGAGGCGACGAGUCGGUCAUCGCCGGCUGUGUCGACGCCGGCCUGGGGACCAUGUUUGGUCUGGAUCAGACCAUGUUCCUGGGCGCGGCCGCCGGCGUCGCGGGCGUCAUCAUAAUCGUCGUCAUCAGCGUCAUCGUCUGCCUGUGCCGCCGCCGCCGCCGGCGCCAACGUCAUCCAAACAACGGAACAGUCAACAACACCUACCAGAUGGCUUCCGUGAACUACUCGGGCUCGAACGGCACUCGGGCAGGCACCGAGAAGCAGCCGUUUUCGGAAAACUGGCUCCACCCUGCGGUAUGGACGGGGUUCCCUCUCAGCGCGCACUGCUCACCGUCAAGGUCAAAACGCCGGGGUCAGACAGCGACCCCGCCGGCCAGAAGGAUGAGUGGUUCGUGUGAGGGGUGGCGCCGCCGCAGGGGGGCGAGGUCGGCUGACCCCAGCCGACCUGCCCAGGAGUCAGCGGUUGCGGCAGCGGUGGCGGCGGCCGACCGGCUAGCCGGCUGGGCUCGCUUCUUGGUCAUCUGAGCGGCUCGACGCCAACAAGGCUCGCUUCUUGGCCGUCUUAGCGGAGAUGUACCGCGCCGGGUUCAACCGAUCGGCGGUUAACGUCUCCGUACGGUGGCAAACGUCGGUGAGCAAGUGACUGAAGCGGCCGCUCGAACGCGACCGGAGCUGCUUCAGGAGGCGACGAGCGCUCGCCGACAGCUGCUCACUCGGCGCGUGAACCGCGAGUCAUGGAGUCGUUGGAGUCUUCGGAAGAGUUGGAGUCCAUGGAACCUGCACAGAUCCCGACCCGACUCCAACCCGACUCGAGGCUCCAGACGACGAUCGCUCCCGGUGUAACUGCGAGUCGCGUGUGCUCGAGGGCAGACCGCGGCCCGCUCGAGUAUCGAGAGCGGAAUCGCGACCCAGCGCGUCCGUGCACUUCAGUGUGAGCGGUGUGACUAACUGCAUUUACCUGUGUCACAUCCGUCACCCUCUGGACAGCGGAGAGCCCGCAUCAGUGUAGUCACUAACUCCAAAACUCCACUCACUAACUCGCUGCGAGUGAGCCAAGUGGGCGUCAGCCGCCGCCACCGAGAGACGCCACAGUUUCGGUGAACGUGACCGUGCGAGCGCGUGCACAUACUGCGUGUCUUGCACACUGUGAGACGUGUGUGUCAGUAUGAGAAGCCCGCCGCAUCGCACAACCGGACAAAACUGUGUAGAUGCAGGAGCUAUCGCGACCGCGCGGGCCGCUGCUUUGUGCGCUGUGUGCAGUGCGGUGCGGGCGACGUCUGUUUAUGCGUGUGUGUGCGUGUUCGGAGCGUGUCGAGUGCGUUCCUAGCUUGUUGCGUGUGUGCGUUUGUGCGUAUCUGCGCGUGUGCGUGCCCCUGUGCCUGCUGGCUAGGACUGUGUCUCAUCCUGCGCCGCCGCGCCAGAGCACAUAACUUAGGUAGAAGAUGGCUUUAAUAGUGAUCGACCCUCGCCCUGCCGGCUCGCCGAACUAAACUCGGCGCCGUGAGCGGAAUCCGCAGUGGAGCUAUCGGUCGGUAGUCAUGACAACGUGUGUGAUAUAGACACCUCUCGGCGGCCGAAGCUAAAUUUUCAGAAAAAAAAGCAACGGUGUGCGCCGGCUCGUCCCAUGCUUGUAGGAAGCUGUCCCGAGCGGUGGAAAGCACCAAUAACUGUCAUAUCAGCCUAGUCAUAUCCCCGCGGCCGACAAUACGAGAAGCACACUCUCGACUUUCACAAGUUGUAUACGGGGGAGGGAGACGACUUUUCGAUCCAUUUACGGCGUUUUGGUGUACUGUAGGCCGUCGCGCGAGCGCUGAGUGCUGGGUAGAGAAGAGAAGCACCGCGGGGAGAGAAGGGAGCACCGCCAUCUGAGAUUGCACGCUGUCAUCGGGAGCCGGGGAAGCGCCACACCCGGGUUAGAGUGUGAGGAACUUUGGGAUAGAGUGCGGACGAAACUGCCGGUAUGCCCCGAACAGCAAGGCUUGAGCUCAUCGAAUCCGAACCCUGAAACAAACCAUGGGUGACCUGAGUGACGGUGUGUCAAAUGCAGAGCAGACUAUUUUUCUAAGCGAGAGCACUAUUCACUUGAACAAGUGCUUUCACUAAGGAUGCCUGUCCGCAGCUGAACCUUCCGUCAGGUCACCGAUGGCUUGUGUCUCAGAGUUCUCCGGUGUAGCCCACUCGGCAGUGAAGUCAUCACGACACCUAAUAGUGACGUCAUCACUGUAUCCAGGGAGUGACGCCACCGCGGCUUCGGGGCGGCGCAGCUCAGUCAUUCUGAGCCCAGUCAGUGUAUAGUUACAUUUCCGUGUUGAGUUUUUGUAAAUUUGUAUCGAGACGUUCUUGUGUGUAGCGCACGAAUCUCCAGCUCGAUGAACAGACACCACCAAAAAUAAAACAGGGAAAUACA